AUGAAAACCUGCAGCCACACAGGACCGGGAGAGGAGACCGGAAGAGGAGACCGGGAGAGGAGACCGGGGGAGGAGACCGGGAGAGGAGACCGGGAGAGGAGACCGGGAGAGGAGACCGGAAGAGGAGACCGGAAGAGGAGACCGGGAGAGGAGACCAGGAGAGGAGACCUGGAGAGGAGACCGCGAGAGGAGACCGCGAGAGGAGACCGGGAGAGGAGACCGGGAGAGGAGACCGGGAGAGGAGACCGGGGGAGGAGACCGGGGGAGGAGACCUGGAGAGGAGACCGGGAGAGGAGACCGGGGGAGGAGACCGGGGGAGGAGACCGGGAGAGGAGACCUGGAGAGGAGACCGGGAGAGGAGACCGGGGGAGGAGACCGGGGGAGGAGACCUGGAGAGGAGACCGGGAGAGGAGACCGGGAGAGGAGACCGGGGGAGGAGACCGGGGGAGGAGACCUGGAGAGGAGACCGGGGGAGGAGACCGGGGGAGGAGACCGGGAGAGGAGACCGGGAGAGGAGACCGGGAGAGGAGACCGGGAGAGGAGACCGGGAGAGGAGACCGGGAGAGAGACGGGAGAGACCGGGAGAGGAGACCUGGAGAGGAGACCGGGAGAGGAGACCUGGAGAGGAGACCGGGAGAGGAGACCGGGGGAGGAGACCGGGGGAGGAGACCGGGAGAGGAGACCGGGAGAGGAGACCGGGAGAGGAGACCGGGAGAGGAGACCGGGAGAGGAGACCGGGAGAGGAGACCUGGAGAGGAGACCGGGAGAGGAGACCUGGAGAGGAGACCGGGAGAGGAGACCGGGGGAGGGGACCGGGAGAGGAGACCAGGGGAGGAGACCGGGAGAGGAGACCGGGAGAGGAGACCGGGAGAGGAGACCAGGGGAGGAGACCGGGAGAGGAGACCUGGAGAGGAGACCGGGAGAGGAGACCGGGGGAGGAGACCGGGAGAGGAGACCGGGAGAGGAGACCGGGAGAGGAGACCGGGAGAGGAGACCGGGGGAGGAGACCGGGAGAGGAGACCGGGAGAGGAGACCGGGAGAGGAGACCGGGAGAGGAGACCGGGAGAGGAGACCAGGGGAGGAGACCAGGGGAGGAGACCGGGAGAGGAGACCGGGAGAGGAGACCGGGAGAGGAGACCGGGAGAGGAGACCGGGAGAGGAGACCGGGAGAGGAGACCGGGAGAGGAGACCGUGAGAGGAGACCAGGGGAGGAGACCGCGAGAGGAGACCAGGGGAGGAGAUCGCGAGAGGAGACCAGGGGAGGAGAUCGCGAGAGGAGACCAGGGGAGGAGACCGGGGGAGGAGACCGGGAGAGGAGACCAGGGGAGGAGACCAGGGGAGGAGACCGGGAGAGGAGACCGGGAGAGGAGACCGGGAGAGGAGACCGGGAGAGGAGACCAGGGGAGGAGACCAGGAGAGGAGACCAGGGGAGGAGACCAGGGGAGGAGACCAGGGGAGGAGACCAGGGGAGGAGACCAGGGGAGGAGACCAGGGGAGGAGACCGGGAGAGGAGACCGGGAGAGGAGACCGGGAGAGGAGACCAGGGGAGGAGACCAGGGGAGGAGACCAGGGGAGGAGACCAGGGGAGGAGACCAGGGGAGGAGACCGGGAGAGGAGACCGGGAGAGGAGACCGGGAGAGGAGACCGGGAGAGGAGACCAGGGGAGGAGACCAGGAGAGGAGACCUGGAGAGGAGACCGGGAGAGGAGACCGGGGGAGGAGACCGGGGGAGGAGACCGGGAGAGGAGACCGGGAGAGGAGACCAGGGGAGGAGACCAGGAGAGGAGACCUGGAGAGGAGACCGGGAGAGGAGACCGGGGGAGGAGACCGGGGGAGGAGACCGGGAGAGGAGACCUGGAGAGGAGACCGGGAGAGGAGACCGGGGGAGGAGACCGGGAGAGGAGACCGGGAGAGGAGACCGGGAGAGGAGACCAGGGGAGGAGACCGGGAGAGGAGACCAGGGGAGGAGACCGGGGGAGGAGACCGGGGGAGGAGACCUGGAGAGGAGACCAGGAGAGGAGACCUGGAGAGGAGACCGGGAGAGGAGACCGGGGGAGGAGACCGGGGGAGGAGACCGGGAGAGGAGACCGGGGGAGGAGACCGGGAGAGGAGACUGGGAGAGGAGACCUGGAGAGGAGACCAGGGGAGGAGACCUGGAGAGGAGACCUGGAGAGGAGACCUGGAGAGGAGACCAGGGGAGGAGACCUGGAGAGGAGACCUGGAGAGGAGACCGGGAGAGGAGACCGGGAGAGGAGACCAGGGGAGGAGACCGGGAGAGGAGACCGGGAGAGGAGACCUGGAGAGGAGACCAGGGGAGGAGACCAGGGGAGGAGACCUGGAGAGGAGACCGGGAGAGGAGACCGGGGGAGGAGACCGGGAGAGGAGACCGGGAGAGGAGACCGGGAGAGGAGACCGGGAGAGGAGACCUGGAGAGGAGACCUGGAGAGGAGACCAGGGGAGGAGACCAGGGGAGGAGACCGGGGGAGGAGACCGCGAGAGGAGACCAGGGGAGGAGACCAGGGGAGGAGACCAGGGGAGGAGACCGGGAGAGGAGACCAGGGGAGGAGACCAGGGGAGGAGACCAGGGGAGGAGACCAGGGGAGGAGACCGGGAGAGGAGACCGGGAGAGGAGACCGGGAGAGGAGACCGGGAGAGGAGACCGGGAGAGGAGACCGGGAGAGGAGACCAGGGGAGGAGACCAGGGGAGGAGACCAGGGGAGGAGACCUGGAGAGGAGACCGGGGGAGGAGACCGGGAGAGGAGACCGGGAGAGGAGACCGGGAGAGGAGACCGGGAGAGGAGACCGGGGGAGGAGGCCGGGAGAUGAGACCGGGAGAGGAGACCGGGAGAGGAGACCGGGGGAGGAGACCGGGAGAGGAGACCGGGAGAGGAGACCGGGAGAGGAGACCGGGAGAGGAGACCGGGAGAGGAGACCGGGAGAGGAGACCGGGAGAGGAGACGGAGGAGACCGGGAGAGGAGACCGGGAGAGGAGACCGGGAGAGGAGACCGGGAGAGGAGACCGGGAGAGGAGACCGGGAGAGGAGACCGGGAGACCGGGAGAGGAGACCGGGAGAGGAGACCGGGAGAGGAGACCGGGAGAGGAGACCGGGAGAGGAGACCGGGAGAGGAGACCGGGAGAGGAGACCGGGAGAGGAGACCGGGAGAGGAGACCGGGAGAGGAGACCUGGAGAGGAGACCUGGAGAGGAGACCAGGGGAGGAGACCGGGGGAGGAGACCGGGGGAGGAGACCUGGACAUUCCCAGGGGCCCUCUUCACUCCACCUGCAGACGCUGGGGCCCAGGACGCAGUUGGGACGCCCUCCAGACACUGA